AGCUGGUUUUCAAGAACGAGCGCCAAGUGGUCAGCCAAGUGGCGGCGAUGAUCAAGCGGAACAGCUCGUCGUGCGACGGUGUCGCCGCAGUCGCCAUCCGCAUCGCAGCCCCACCACCCCACCUCGGCAUGAUGUCACUGCGGGCCCUUGCAUCGAGUACCGACAACGACGACGACGACCACGCAGCGCGCACGCGCCUCAUCCUCCUCGUUGCGACGGGCAUCAUUCUGCUCGUCUUGCUCGGGUACCUUCUCUGCCGCCGCCGCCGCGCCAACAAGCACGCGGACGUGAGCUUCAACGAAGGAGAUCUCUACGCGCUCGAAGACUCGUCGGCGCUCAACACCAUGACGGCGUUUCCGCCACUCGACCCUGCGAUCCUGCCGUUCAAGAUCGAGUUUGAGCGGCUGCUCUACACGCGCAAGCUCGCGAGCGGCGCGUUCGGCGAGGUCUGGCUUGGCCAGCUCGACGGGACCUCGGUCGCGAUCAAGCAGAUUUUGCCCGAGCGGCGCCAUGAUCCGGUCGAGGUCAAGUGCUUCCUCGCCGAGAUUGGCCUCAUGGCUCCGCUCUCGCAUCCGCACAUUUUGACGCUUGUCGGGUUUUCAUGGAGCCCCGAGUACAAUUUAUGCUUUGCCACCGCGUACUGGAAGCACGGCGACCUCUUGAGCUGCCUCAACCGCCUCCACGACGCGUGGUCCUGGCCCAUUGAGCGCCUGCAGAUCGCUCUCGGCGUCGCCAAAGGGCUCGUCUACUUGCAUGCGCGGACCCCCAAGGUCAUCCACCGCGACCUCAAGAGCCGCAACAUUUUGCUCGACGACCACUUCGAGGCCAAGAUCACCGACUUUGGCGUCUCUCGGACGCGUGCGUUUGAGGAGACGAUGACGGCGGGCGUCGGAACCGCGCUCUGGGCAGCCCCCGAAGUGUUUCUCGGUCGGCGCUACGACGACAAGGCCGACGUGUACUCGUUUGGCAUUGUGCUCUCGGAGCUCGACACGGGCAACAUCCCUUUUGUGGACCACCCGGUGUUUGCGAACGGGCGCAAGGUCGACCCCACCACGGUGCUCAAGCUCGUGACGAUGGAGCACGCGACGCCGACGUUCUCACCGUCGUGUCCGGCGGCCAUUGAAGCACUCGCCAAGCGCUGUCUCUCGUUUGAGCCGAGCGCGCGACCGUCCGCCCAAGACAUUGUUGCGUUCCUCAGCCACGCCGAGACCGACCUCUUUGCUUUCUGAGUCGUGUAAUUUAUGAGUGUACUACUGCCGA